AUGACGGACGGUGGCAGCGGCGGCGGCGGGAAAACCGAGUUCAUUUGCAAUUUGUUUCAGAAUCUUCCUGUCAUGUCGGGGGAAGAUUCGUGCGAGGGUGAGCUUGAGCAGGAUACGAAUAAUGCGUACGCAGUAUUCGAAAAUCAGUAUUAUGAGAUUCGUGCUGCUUUGCUGGGAAAAUUGGUACCUGCCCAACCAGUACCAAAUUUGGAUAAUUCCAUUCGGAACACUAGUGCAUUGGGAAUGCACACGGGGGUUCGCUUGCCUCAAAUAUCGUCUCCUGACUUUGAUGAGGAUUACAAAGGGUGGCUGUCAUUCAAGUCCACCUUCGUCUCGCUCAUUCAUGACUCAGUGGAGCUCAGCGAUGUGCAGAAAUUUCAUUAUUUGAAAUCUGCCUUGAAAGGGGAGGCGGCCAAGUUGAUCGAGUCGCUAACAAUCACUAACGACAACUACGCCAUACCAUGGGAUACUAUCACGAAGCGGUAUUCAAAUGAGUAUCUGUUGAAGAAACGGAAUCUUCAGGCACUCAUGGAGUUUCCGAAAAUUGAUAAGGAAUCGGCGGUGCGGAUUCACGGGUGGACGAAUUCGAUCAACGACUGA